AUGUCUCAAGAAUUCACCUACUCGGACAUUUCCGAGCACAACACCAAGAAGGACCUCUACAUGGUCGUCCACGACAAGGUCUACAACUGCACAAGCUUCGUCGAUGAGCACCCUGGUGGUGAAGAAGUAAUGCUCGAUGUCGGUGGCCAGGACGCCACCGAAGCCUUCGAAGACGUCGGCCACAGUGACGAGGCCCGUGAGAUCCUCGAGGGUCUUCUUGUCGGCACCGUCAAGCGUCAACCCGGCGACCCCGCUCCCAAGUCCUCCGCUCAGCCUACCUCAGCAAAGACAUCUGGCCCUGACGCUGCUGGUCUGGGUGCUGGCCUUUAUGCCAUUCUCCUCGUUGGUGGUGCUUUGGCUUACUUUGCAUACUCUUACCUUCAGGCAAACAGCCAGCCUAAGAACUAA